GGCAGCCCCACAGCUUAGGGGUAGCGCAGUUCACUCUUGUUUUCGCUCAGUCCCCAACUUUGGGUUGUAGCUUUGCGGUUCUUAUGCAAAUAAACGGAGCUCCUAAGAGGGCAAGGAAAAACAAAGCGGAGAACGAAAAGAGGAAGGCGCUUUCUUGGCGCUCACCAGAGAGGCGUUGCAAAGUUUACCUCAAGAUUUUGAGAGGGGCAGCUGUUCAAAGGCCCUCGACCCACCAUGGGGAGACUCGCCCUUAGCCUCUCCUUAGCGCUUCUGCUGCUGGCGGCCCUUUGCAGAGCUCCUACUAAAAGGCCUAAUACAAUUACCAAAAAGCCAAGUGAUGACUUCAACUUAGAAGAUGCCAUAGGUGAUGGCGAUGACUCCAAAAAAACAACAGCACCACCUCCUCAGCCUAAACCUGGAAGUCAUGGCAACAGUGGGGGAUUUGAAGAUUCAGAUUUAUUAGAUGGUAACUUGCCACCUGAGAAUCCACAAUCAGGUGGGGACGAUUCUGGCUCCGCUGGAGCUAAAACAGAUUCUCCAGGCAUGCUAGCUGGCAUUAUUAGUUCUGUUGUAGUAGCAAUAGCUGGAGCUCUUUCAAGUUUUAUAGCAUACCAGAAGAAGAAGCUUUGCUUCAAACCAAGUGAUCAAGAAAACAUUCCUGUGGAAAGCCAGCAAGGAGCACAUGCAGCGCCAUCUGUUCAACAUACACUUUUGCAGAAACAAUAACAGAAUUUGAUAUGAAGAGAAGACCAGAAACUGGAUUUAUAGCCUGCAUAAUUUCCUGAAGGAGCAAUGCAAUGGAAUUGCAAAGUAAAUCUUUAAAAUAGGCCUAUUGAAACAUCUUCAGAAAGGGAGUGUGAUGUUUUUAACCAAUGAAAAAUAUU